CUAAAACCCUCGAAUUUCAAUUUUGAAUUGAAUUUGGUCUGCACUCUCUUCUCACUGACGGCGAUGAGCCGUCGGAGUCCCUCUCCUUCUAUUUUCGACUCCUAACUUCAAAUUCACAGCUCACUAUUCCAUUAAAAAAAUCUACCUCCAUGCCCAACUGCUUCUAAUAACUGACGUCUCACCCAAAUCAUGACUGCUUAUACCCACAGAUCUACUGGUUCCAUGUUGCCCAACCAAAACCCAUUACGACCCACCUCCUGAAACAAGCCAUGGUGGAGAUACCGCUGCUCGGCCGGUUUCAGUUGCACCAGCAGAGGUUCGAAUUUAAGCGGCUGGUCCCAGCUUUUCUGUCAACUUAUUACAAGACCCUUUUCGCUGUUCUUUGGAUUGCCGCGUUCGUCUCUGUCUUUCUCUGGCAGCGGAAUGCUGUGGGGGUUAGAUUCUCGUUCUUCAGGGGGGUGGGUUCGGGUCGACCCAUGCCGAGGUUGCGGCCCGUUGCAUUCAAUUUGACUGAUUUUGGGGGAGUUGGAGAUGGGGUGACGCUUAACACGGAGGCGUUUGAGAGGGCGGUGUCGGCAAUUUCAAAGCUUGGGAAGAGAGGCGGCGGACAGCUCAAUGUGCCACCCGGGAAGUGGCUUAUGGUACCCUUUAAUCUCACUAGUCAUUUGACUCUGUUUUUAGCUGAGAAUGCUGAAAUUCUUGGAAUUGAGGUAUGAAGUUUGAAAAUUAAUAGUGAUUUGGCAUUACUAAUUUAUGGAAAGAACUAAGGUGGCAAGGUUUUAGUCUUGACUGUGGAGUCUCUUAUAUUGCAUUUUUGUUGCUAGCUUAAGGAAGUGUGUGGUAGUCUUGUUUAGUUAUUCAAUUUGAUAAUAAUCACUUAAGUUUUUG